UGUUAGGAAGCGGUAAAAAAAUUAAGUUGUUUAUAAUAUCUUAACGCUUUAUUUAAUCAUUUAACAACAUAAAAACACAUAUGUAUAAAUUAAAAGUGAGCCGCGAGUGACACGUGGUUUGAUGAAAUUUCGCGGUGUUUUUCGUUUAUCGUUGUUGUCAUGGUGAGGAGGAGGAGGAAACAUGGCGUCGGACUCGGAUUCGAACGGACGCUGAGGAGUGUUUACAACGACACGGAUUUAUACAUUCGAAUGACGUUUUACUGCAAUAUUUAAUAAUAAACGCGCACACAAGCCUGUUAAUGCUGGUGUGAGGACCGGUUGACCUCAUGCCCUCCGGCUUGCCCUCGGCCCGGCUUCGGCCCAAGCGCGGCCCGGUUCCCUCCUCUUCUCACCCGGCCCGCACCGCACAGAACCCACAGGAGGAGAUCCGCAGGCUCAGAGAGCCGGUUGACGGCCUGCAGAGAGAGAGACGGGUCGGGGAGAGAGACACCGAUGAGGACUUCACUCUCGCUGCUGAGCUGAGGUGGAGGAUUAACCAGCUGCAGAGAGACAAGCUGGACUGCUGCUCCAAACACAAUCAAGAGGUGUCGCGGUACGAGGCUCAGGCGGCCCGGUUGCGAGCGCUGGUGGAGCGAGGAGAAGCACAGCGGCAGAACCUGGAGUACGAGCUCACCGUGGUGAAGAGAGACACUGAGGAGCUGAGGACACACAACACCAGGCUGGAGGUCCUCAGCUCAGAGCUGCGUCAGAGAGUGUCAGAUCUACAGAGAUCUUUAGAGAUAACACAGCAGGCGCGUGAGGACGAACUGCAGGGCCUCCAGGCGGAGCUGCGCGAGAGGGACCGUCUGAUGCUGAGCUCAGCUGCUGAACACGAGCUGCUGCAGGCCGAGAAGACACACCUAGACACACUCAUACAGGAACAGAAUGAAACUCUUUAUAAACUGAAAUGUGAAGUGGAGCGAGUGAAGAGAGACGGAGAGAAAGACACAGAGCGACUGAAACAUCAAUCAACAGAGCUGAAGCGCAGCGUCGAGAGAGAACAGAAGCUACGCUGCGAUCUGGAGGCAGCUCUGCAGAGGACGAAGGUUCUGGAGCAGAGUGUCGAGUCGGAGCGAGUCAGCUCUGAGAUCAUCCAGAUGAGGAUGAGAGAUCUGGAAGGCGCUCUGGAGCUGGAGAAGAAAGGUCACGCAGAGGUCAUGUCGAGUCUAGAGCUCAUGAAGCAGAAGUUCGGGGAGGUGGAGCGAGCGAACGCUGACGAGAGAGACCGAUCACAUGACCUGAGCCACAAACUCUCACAGUUGGAAAAGGACUUCUUGACCAUGAGAACUGAUCUGAUUGGUCAGCUGGAGCAUGAGAAGGCAGAGUCUGUGGAUCUGAUUAGUCAGCUGGAGCAUGUGAAGGCGGAGUCUGCGGAUCUGAUUGGUCAGUUAGAGCAAGAAAGGGCGGAGUCAGUGAAGCUGUCCGUCAAACUGCAGGAGCAGGAGAGAGUGUGUUCAGAGACACAACAGGAACACAUGCGGGUGCAGGCGUCGUAUGACAGUGUGCUGAGUGAUCUUGAUCAGGUGGUACACCAGUAUCAGCAGCAGGGGGCGACACACACUUACAACACAGAAGGAUAUAAACACAACGCAUCUGCUCUGAUGGACAUCCUGCAGCGAACGCUACACAACUACAGCACACAGUCGCAGGAGUCUGUGGUCGUGCUGCAGAAGCUGGAUGGUGAGAUCAGACAGAAGGAUGAAGUGAUCUCGGAUCUCCAGAUGAAGCUCCAGGAGUGUGAGGCUCGCGGUGUGUGUGUGCAUGAAGAAGCCAAGCGUCUGCGUGCCUGUGUGUCAGACGCUGCGGUGGAACUGCGCAGACUCUCUCAGCAGCUCCAGGAGGAGAAAACACAACACACACACACACACGCACAGAUCAACACACUGCGACAGCAGCAUCACAGCGACGGCCAGGAGAAGCUGGCGUUCCUGCACACGCUCUACCAGCGCAUGCUCGCCGGGUGUGUGCUGGUGACCCCGCCGCACUGCAUGCUGGGUAGCUUCUCGUGGGCGGAGCUUAGUGCGCUGGUGCAGGAGCACAUGGACACGCUGACCUCUGACCUCGCCGCAGCCAAUCAGAAGGUGUCGUGUCUGGAGAGUGUGUGUGAGGGGAAAUCAGCAGCGCUGGAGAGCGUGAGCGCACAGAUGAGGCAACGAGAGGAGAGAUGGGUCAAACUGAGAGAAGACCUCGACACACGACACACACACCUCAACCAGCAGCUGCAGCUCAAAGUACAGGAGCUCAGUGUUCAGCUGGAGCGUGCUCAGUCCGAGCAGAGGCAGGAAGUGAUGCGUCUGUGUGUGGCGUGCGGGCUGCUCGCGGGGUGUGUGCGCGCGCUGCGGAGGCAGGUGUGUUUGCUAGCGUGGCAGAAGCUCGUGCUGCUGGAGCGAGUGAGUGACGCGGACGCCAUGAAGACGGAGGUCGCGAAGCUUCUGCAGGCGCUCGGUGAGCCCGGGGUCAAAGGUCACGGCAGGUUUCGCCGCUACGCCAUCGCUGUGCUAGCGGCCGGGCGUCUGCGCGCUCUGGGACGCGGCUCCGGCGUGAUGUUCAGGGUGGCGGUGGGCGUCGGGCCGCACGUGUGUGUGAGAGAGGAAGAGGAGGACGGAGUGAAGAAGACGCUCACGUCCGCGGCGCUGAUCGAGCUCGUGCACACGUGCGUGGGGGAAGUCCAGGAGGACGUCAACAGAACCAGCUCGGCUGCAGUGAUGUCAGCGGCUCAGAGCGGGUGCAGGAAGAUGUUGGAGCGGCUCCUCUGGGACGUGGACUCUCAGUGCGCAGGGCAUUAUGGGAAGGACUCGUUGGCACGGCGACUGCGUGACGGACUCCACGCGCAGAACACUAAACACAGCUCCUGGAACAGCAAGAUGAUGAUGGCGUCUCUUCAGAAGCACAUCCUGGAGUUCACACAGCGACUGCAUUCAGCGGAGGUGGAGCGGAGGAACCUGAGACUGGAGCGCACACACACACACACCGGCAGAGACACACACACCGCGUGUGCCCCCCGCCGGCAGCUGGAGCGAGUGUGUGAGGAGCUCAGCUGUGCCCUCCAGAGGGAGCUCCGCGCUCAGGCUCUCCUGCACGACCAGGCCUCUCAGCUGCAGCAACUGGGCCUCAGCAUGGAGCUGCACACGGGGGACGAGCUGGAGAAGGACCGCACGCUCGCACAGGCUGUGCAGAGUUUGUCGGACGCUAAGCUGGAGCUGAGGAGGACGCAUCAGUCGCUGCGCUCCCUGGGGAAACGGCUCAGCCAAUCACAGCAGGACAACCAGGAGCUGCAGCGCAACAUCAUCAGCGCAGAGAACACACUGCACACCGCAGAAAAGAAUAAAGAGUCUCUGAUGAGCUUCAUGAAGUGUGUGGAGGAGCGUCUGAAAGAGAUGAAGGUCCUGCUGUCCGGAAACGCCCCGUCUCAGGAUGACUUCUUCCUCCAGCUCUCCCGAGUGUGUCUCAUGCCGGCAGACUCGCAGAGCAUCAUGGGAAACCCAGAGAGAGACGCGUGCCAGCGUCUGGUGAUGCGUUUCCUGGAGCUGUUCCAGCUGAUCCGCUGUAAGAUGUCCCCUCAGAGGCCGUCGUCCUCAUGCGAGUGUGACGCCAGCUGUGUGCCGCCGAGGGAACACUCCUGACCUCCGCUGUGCUGAACCUCUGAACCACACACACACACACACACACACACACACACACUCCUGCCCUCCACAGUGCUGAACCUCUGCUGCUGCUACACACACACACACACACACACACUCUCUCUCCUGCGGAGGUUGGUAACGCUUUUGUACUUGCUGUGUGAACACAAAUCGUUCUCGUCCUUCUAGCCGUCAGCAGAGGAGGAUUAUGGGAUGUGUGUGAGGAGCUCAUCUUCAUCAGCUCGUCCGUCCCUGAGGAUGAUGAUGUUUAUCAGUGACAUUAUUAGAUCUGCAGUGGUUUAUUGAAGCUGAUCCCUCUCUCUCUCACACACACACACACACAGCAGAGUGGGGUAAGAUGGGACGCACCCGAAGUCUGCUUCACUUUUGACUUUCUAAAUGUACAUUACUGGCCGGAAGUGUUGACUCGUGAAGACGGUGACACACACACACACACAGGCGUGUGGCGCUGCCGGGCGAUCGAGAGUUACGGGUGUGUGUGCCACAGAUGAACCUUUCUCACAACUCUGACAAUAAAGUCGCAAUUACCUUCUUAUUA